AGAUGCGCUCUGACUUUCAUUCACUCCAGAGUCCUACACAGUCAAGGACCUGUGCAGACGGCUGCAAUACAUGCUCUGAAUAGCACAACACGGACAACUUUCUCUCUUGUCGUAUUCUAAGAGGAUCUGCUCGUUGGGAUUAUAUUCUUCUAGGACUAUUAAAUAAUAUUAUAGAAAAAGUAGUGCGUCUUAAUUCAGUUUAAUUAAAAUACCUACGCUUCUUGUUUGAUACAUUAGUGAGCUGGGCUGAAGUUUGAAGCCUGUUUUUUAGAGGGUGAAGGACAAGUGCAAUGCGCUUCAGACUUGUCUCUUGGGAUUGUCCCACUCGCGCCUGAGGAGCUACAGUAUAAGGCGCACAGAUUUUGUUCAAGAGGACGCAGUCCAAUGUGAAUAACAAGAAUCAACUUCCAGCCUCUUCAGCUUUUCACAGUUAAAAGCAAGUGCAGCACGGAAUCUGACUGAGUCCGGUGAGCAGCUCAGACACCCCGGUUUCUCUCCCCGAGGGGAUGGUUGUGGAUCGUGUGGGGCCAGGAGCGAUUCUGCGGCUCCUACAGAAUAGCACCUUUUUCUUGUUCGGGGUUAAAUCAAAAUUAAAGGGAGAUGAGAGCCGCACUUUGUUACUUCCUGCUGUGGACGACGUACCUGCUGCUGGCCACCUCUGAGGAAGUGGAGUUUCCCCAGGAGCUGAUAGACAGACUGUCCCACAGUGAAAUCCACAGCAUCAGCGACCUCCAGCGGCUACUAGACAUUGACUCCGUAGGUACGGGAAACAAUGUUAUCGAGGAGCCCAAACACCACAAACACCACAACCACCAUAAGAACUACUCCCGCCAGCAUGGUUACUACAAUGACCUGAAGAGCUCCCAGCUCCACAGCCGACGCAAGAGGAGCAUUGUAGAGGAGGCGGUCCCAGCGGUGUGUAAGACGCGGACGGUGAUCUACGAGAUUCCCAGGAGCCAGGUGGAUCCCACGUCUGCCAACUUCUUGAUAUGGCCGCCAUGUGUCGAGGUGCUGCGCUGCACAGGCUGCUGCAACACAAGCAACAUGCGCUGUCACCCUUCCCGCAAGCACCACCGCACCGUUAAGGUAGCAAAGGUGGAGUACGUGAGGAGGAGACCCAAGCUGAAAGAGGUCUUUGUGCGAUUAGAAGACCACCUGGAGUGUGUGUGCACAUCACAGCAUCACGUGGUGGAGCACUCAGAUGCAGAAACAGGCCACCAUAGGGCUAAAGGUAAAAAAAGGAAACCUAAAAAGCUAAGGCCCAGCAAGGAUUUAUUGGCGACAUAAAAAAGUUGCACUCAUUACCCAAAGUCCACUGGAGAGCUGUGAAGGGAACAGUGGACGUGAGGUGAGACCAAUCAGAACAAGGGACUUCAGCGUGGGAGGGACCUAAAUAGAGGAUGCCACCAACAGGAGACCAGCUCUGUCCUCUUCCCCACUGCCAUGCAACCUUUGUUUUAAAAAGACAAACUUUUCUGUUAAGACGAGAGACUGAAAAUAGCCAACAGACAAAAACAAAUAAGAUGCCAAAGGUGCUUUUUUAAAAACAGUAACCAGGGAUGAUGACUUUCUCUGUGGUACACCACCUACCCAGAUAACUGAACCAUGCCGCUGACCAAGAGGAAAAGAAAAAGAUGCUGUACUUCGGGAAGGGCAGAAAGAGGCCAAAGGGAGAUGAUGAAAGUAAUUUGUGUUGAACAUUUUGAGACUUUGUUUAAACAAGACACACAAAAAGAAAAGUAUAUGACAGUUGAAUCAAGCUUUCGUGGAAAUCUGGUGCUCAGACUCCAAAACGGCGGUGGAUGACCUCCAGCUGGGCAACAUAAAAGUGCCCAGCCCUGUUUAAAUGACUCUUGCAUACACAGGAAAAAAGAAAGAGAUAUAGGAAAAACAAUGGAAUGAGAGAAAGAGAGAAACAAAUGGAGAUAUUUUCUCUUCCAAAAGACUCUAUGGAGUAUUAAACAUUUAUAGUUUUUGGAUGUUUGCUCUGAAUAAAGAGGAAAUCUUCUCUGGACCCCUGGUGGUCUGUGACUUUGCCCACUUGCUAUGUACAGUUGAAGUUGAAAAGGAAGAUGCACCGCUACUUACAAACUAUUUAUAUGUGUGGACUUUUGCUUUCUGUUCCAGUACAAAAGAAAGAACAAAAAUUUGUUUUAUUGAUUUUGGAGACUUGCAAAAGCUAUGUGUGGUCUGGUUCUUUGGAACCAUCAGUAUCACAAUCUCAACGUCCUUUUUUUUUGGUCAAUGUCAUUGUUGUCAUCCAUGUUUCUUAUUUUAGUACAGUAUAUCUGAAUGAUGUCAAGUCUUGUAUAUGGUUUGGAUAUAUGUGCGCAAGGAGGAGAUGUGAGAGUCAGUACAGGAAGAUGCUUUAUUUUUGUUAUGAAAUAUAUUAAGCUUACUUAUAUCUGA